AUGUCGGAGCUCAGCGCCUACCCAGCUCUUUACUUCUUUCACUCGGCCCUCGCUGCACCGCUUGUGCUGCAAAACCUGCUUUCAUCGCCAUUCCCACUCAAGCUUUGCAAAGCAAGGCUAUAUGGCUAUAUCGACGGCACCAACAGCACGGUCAUUUUAAGCUGCGAGAAUUUCGGCGAGUGGGCGCCUGAGCCGAAGGUCACUGGGGUUGUAUUCGAGGUUACGUGUGAGCGGGAGGAGAACGUCUUGAGGGACUAUGCUGGCCCGGAUGUCGAGGUCGAGGACACUAGGUUCGAGUCGAGGAAGGGGAGUGUGUUCUUUGGGGUGAAGAAAUUGGUGCAUAGGAAUGCAUUUGUUAGAAAAGACGUGGGACAAGCGUUUGGGAUAGAGAAGAAGGAGCAACAUGUGUCAGACUCGGUACCCGACCUCGAAGGAGACGACGAAUGCGACAUCUUCGAGGCUUUGCGCACCGAGUACCCCUCUCCCGCUACACCAAAGGAGCAUCCCGCAAACGCCGAGCAAAACUACUUUAUCACGCCAGUCAACGCCCCCCUAGGGACCUCUCGUCAGAAAUGGAAGAACAAGGCUACACUGAGCCAACAAUGGGACUCCGGUCAACCACUGACUCGAACACGCACGGGCAGCAAACCCGCUGUCUUCAUCAUAGGAGACGAUUCCGAGGAAGGCUCAUCAGGUGUAAACACUGGGACUCACACAGGUGCAUAUACAGCCAGCAUCAAGGUUGAGACAGAACACGCUCCGUAUUUCCCUUUCAUGAGCACGGCACCAUUUGCAUCGAGUCACGACUAUACCCAGCGCCACCCCAGCACGCUCUCCUUCAUCACCAGCCAUCCAAGCGUCGACGAUGCUGCCCAGAUUAGCAGCAAUACCUUGCAAACGCCCCUCGUGCGCCCGCACUCAUCGAACAACCUGGCACCGGAUCCCGAUCUUGAUGCUGCUUCGAGACCUAAGUCAUUGACGUCUUUGCUCAAAGCUUCUUGGUCUUCGAGGUCGUUGCUCGAGAAGAUGGGUAUUUGA